CGCGCUGAAGAGGCCAAAGAUGGCGGCGGCGGCGGCUUCGCUUCGCGGGGCAGUGCUGGGCUCGCGGAGCGCGGGGCUGCCCGGCGCGCGGGCCCGGGGUCUGCUGUGCGGCGCACGGCCCGGGCAGCUCCCGCUGCGGACGCCUCAGGCAGUGUCCUUGUCGUCGAAGUCUGGUCUGUCCCGGGGCCGGAAAGUGAUGCUGUCAGCGCUGGGCAUGCUGGCGGCAGGGGGUGCAGGACUGGCUGUGGCUCUGCAUUCUGCCGUGAGUGCUAGCGACCUGGAGCUGCACCCCCCUAACUAUCCGUGGUCCCACCGCGGCCUCCUCUCUUCCCUGGACCACACCAGCAUCCGGAGGGGUUUCCAGGUAUAUAAGCAGGUGUGCUCCUCUUGCCACAGCAUGGACUACGUGGCUUACCGCCACCUGGUAGGCGUGUGCUACACUGAAGAAGAAGCUAAGGCCCUGGCUGAAGAGGUGGAGAUUCAGGACGGUCCCAAUGAUGAUGGGGAGAUGUUCAUGCGACCAGGAAAGCUGUCUGACUACUUCCCCAAACCAUACCCCAACCCUGAGGCCGCCAGAGCAGCCAACAAUGGAGCAGUGCCUCCUGACCUCAGCUACAUCGUGCGUGCUAGGCACGGUGGUGAAGAUUAUGUCUUCUCUCUGCUCACCGGCUACUGUGAGCCACCCACCGGGGUGGUACUACGAGAAGGCCUCUACUUCAACCCCUACUUCCCUGGCCAGGCCAUUGGCAUGGCCCCUCCCAUCUACGACGAGGUCUUGGAGUUUGAUGAUGGCACCCCAGCUACCAUGUCCCAGGUAGCCAAGGAUGUGUGUACCUUCCUGCGCUGGGCAUCUGAGCCAGAGCAUGACCAUCGAAAACGCAUGGGUCUCAAGAUGUUGAUGAUGAUGAGCUUGCUGUUGCCUUUGAUCUACGCCAUGAAGCGGCAUAAGUGGUCAGUCCUGAAGAGCCGGAAGCUGGCAUAUCGGCCACCCAAGUGACCCUGCCCCAAGGUCUGCUUGCUGUCCUGACUGAAUGGGCCCUCAAGCCAAGGAGCCACCCUGGGUCUCUUCAGACCCCAGCUGGCCCUCUUGGCCAAGCCCCUCUUCCUCUGGGACAAGAUGGGAGAGGGGAAGGAAACCGGGCUUGAGCUCCAGAUCCUUCAGCCUCUAUCAUGAAAAUAAAUUAACUUUCUCAAUGGA